AUGGCCGAGAAGCGCGGCCUCUGGACGGAGCAUGUCGACGCAGCGACGGGGCGCACGUUCUACUACAACGUCGCAUAUGGCCGCAGCUUCUGGACGCUACCGGACGACUGCGCCGUGGUCCGACCACGGCAGGCUCCCGCCGAGCCCGACGACAAUGCGAUGGACACGAUUAGCAAGGAGGCGACGAGCCUCACCGAGCGCAUCAAACUCGCCCUCGAGAAGAAGGCAAAUGCGUCCUCGACAGAGCCCACUGCGUAG